AUCGGCUAAUUAUUAAAAAUUUGAAUUUGACAUGUAGAAUAUUCGAAUUAUAUUUUAAACGAGAGUAACCCUCUUUUUAAUUAUGUGAUAAAUUUUGUACGAUUAAUUUUGAAAAAUGAGCUCCCAGCCCUAAAAAUUUAGUUAAAAUUAUAUUUUUUUUAAUGUAAUAAUGACGACAAAUGAGCUGCCAGCCCUAAAAAUUUAUUGGGAUGGUACAAUAUUAUCGACUCCGGGUGGAGUUGAUUAUGUUUCCGGUAAAUCAGAACUGGUUGAGCUGACGAGUGUAGUGAAUUUUGCACAACUACAAGUCAUAAUUAGAAGGGUAAUUGGGCUGAAGGAUGGUGACGAGAUAGUGAAGAUUUAUCUACGAGUGCCUCGGUUCGAUGAACAUGGAAGAUUUCAAAAAUAUGAUGGUUUUCCUAUGGAGACAGAUGUUCAUAUGGAAGCAAUGUGGCGUAAUGUUUCGCGGACGCCACAAAUGAGGGUACUUGAGUUUUAUAUUGUGUACAAUUCGUUAUCUCAAGUACGUACGGAUGGAGACGACUGUGCGGAUGUGGACGACUGUGCGGAUGUAGACGAUGGUGAUGAUUUUAGUGAUGAAGAUGAGGAAGAAGAACACUUCUACGGGGCCGUUGCUGAUGACAACGAGGAUGAUGAUGAUGAUGACAUUGGUGGUGAGAAUGGAGAUGGCACCCAUGGUGAGAAUGUUGGUGGUGGGUCGGAACAAAAUACAGAUCAUUUUGAGUCGCGCCUUCCUCAUGAGUACACGCAUCAGAAUGUUGACGACAUGUGUGUCAAUAUGAAUUUGUGGCCUAAAGAAAAUGCAAUAUGGGAAGCUGGAAAAGAGUUUGAAUUGGGGAUGGUUUUUAGUUUGAGGUAUGCUGUCCAGACAUGUGCGGCGAGUUAUCACAUUGCAGCUAAUAAAGAAUACAAGAGCAGUCAAACAACUGGUAAAACAAUAGUUCUUGUGUGUGUGAACAAUGACACUUGCAAUUGGAGGUUGCGUGCGUCGCUUUUAAAAGGCGAGACAGACUGGAUGAUAACAAGAUAUAACGGCCCCCACCAAUGCAGCGGCCAAUCAAUGAACCAAGACCAUCGCAAUUUAAGAGCGAGACAGAUAGCUGAACACAUCGACACGCAAUUGCAUCUGCAACGUGACAUUAGGAUUAAAACGCUUCAAGAGGGCAUUUUUCAAAAAUUGCGAGUUAGGCCCGGAUACAAAAAAACAUGGUAUGCCAAGGAAAAGGCCAUUGCAAACAGGUUCGGACAAUGGGACGACUCUUUCAAGGAGAUUUGCAAUUUUAUGACGAAUGUGAUCGUUGCUAAUCCCAGGACAGUCUGGCAUGCUACCGGUACACCAAUUGAAAACAAUCCACAAUUCAGAACUUUCAAGCAUAUGUUUUGGACUUACGAGUCAGUGGUGAAGGGUUUUCAGUAUUGCAAGCCUGUGGUCUACAUCGACGGCACCCACACAUAUGGAAAAUACGAAAUGACUUUGCUGAUUGCUUCUGCAAUUGAAGGGAACAAUCACAUCAUGCCGAUAGCUUUUGCCAUUGUGAAGUCGGAAACUGCCGCAUCCUGGAGGUAUUUCAUGAGGAUGUUGAAGAGGUAUGUUUUGGGUGAGCGAAAGGUGUGUAUCAUAUCUGAUCGCGGCUCCGGUAUUAUGAGUGCCAUGGAAGGCCCUGAGUGGGUGGGUGAUACCCACAAGUGGUGUAUUAGACACCUAGUGAGCAACUUCCACAACGCCUUCAAGAAAAAAUAUAUCAAAAAGCUUGCUGAAAAAGCUUGUAAUUUUCUUGUCAUUUAAUAUAAUA